ACCACACAGAAUGUGGAAGAUCAUUCUGCUCACAUUGUAUUUGCCGCAUUUGAAACUAUGGCUAAUACAGUGGCCUAUACACUGACGUUGCUCGCCAUGUUUCCCGAGUAUCAAGAGAAGGCUUUUGAAGAGUUUUGUGCAUUCUUUCCCAAGUCGAGAGAUUUAGAUGUUAGCUACAGUGAUAUUAAGAAUCUGGUUUAUUUGGAUUUAAUUCUUAAUGAAUCAAUGCGACUUCUGACACCAGUUCCAAUGGUUGCACGACAGACCAUGCGCGACGAAUGGGAUUUUUAUUCCAAAAGGAGUUCAGAUUGCAAUCGACAUCUUUCACUUGCAUCGGGAUAAGAAAAUAUGGGGAGCAAAUGCGGAAACAUUUGAUUUCGAACAUUUCCUGCCCCAUAACCAACAGGAGAAGCAUCCCUAU